AAGACCAAAUCCACUGCACAUGAGAAAACCAAUACCAGUGGGCGAGUGUUUGAGUCUAGACAAUCUCGACCUCGAGGUUAAGAUACUAAAGGAUCCACAGAACAAGUACCUUUGGUUGAAGUAUGCAGAGGAGUCGAGGUUGUUUCGUCAAAAAGUCAUAAUAUUAGAGAGGGCCAUCUGUCAGUUUACAUCAUCUCAUAAAUAUGAAGACACCAAGGAGUUCUGGGAGCUUUAUAUUACCUUGGUGUUGAAGAGAAUGGAGAGCUUAAACUCUCACGAUCAUAAAAGCCAAUUCCAAGUCGUCAAUCACCUAUUCAAAAGGUGUUUGAUGUGCACUUCCGAUGUGAUGAUGUGGUGCAAAUACUUGUCAUUCUUGAAUAAACAGGUAGACGUGCCGUUCAUCUUGAAUGAGUACGUCGAAUGUCUUCGGAUAGUACCGUUUGAAAAGCAUUAUAUGAUAUGGCCUGUGUUUUUGCAGUUUGCUGAAACGCUUUCCAAGUACGAUACCAAAUUAGCCACUCAAAUUAUGCUAAGAUUCAUCAAUCAUGGGAAAUAUGAUAUACAUCAUUUGGUCAAGUUGGCAUCGUGGAAUGAAAGAGAUGGGACGGACUGUGUUAUGCGUAUAUUCAAGACCGGUGACUACUCCAAUGAUGACUGGAAGUUGGUGUUGGAGUAUAUCAAAGAUGAAAGCUUCAUACUACGAUUCCUCCAGGAAUUCCCAGAAGAUCACAGCUACGGAUAUAUCAAACUUGUAGAAAGUGUUGAUUCCAUCGAAACCAAGAAACAUUACUAUAAUGAAGCUUUGGACACCUGUCCGUCUGUGUUUGACUUCACCACCGUCUACGAAUCUUACUUGUCUUUCCUUGAAGAUUCUACUUUGGCAGAAGAUCCAAGUGAUUACGAUGUGGAUCACUUUGAGAAGCUCAUAAACGAAAGACAAAUCAUGAUCAACAACAUAUACUUGAAGGAUGAUUUCAACAACUUAGACAGCUGGUUCAACAGAUUUGAAAUCUACCAGAGUCAGAACGAUACCAACAAUCUUCUUAAAACCUUUGUCAAAGCCAUAACGUCCAUUAACCCCUUGACAGUAUAUUCGAAUGAAGGACAUCGUUUGUGUGAUAUCUGGGUUAAGUAUGCCAAAACCUACAGUGAAAAAGGUGAUUUGAAAACUGCCCAUUUAAUUUACAGCAAGUCAACGCAAUCCAAGUUUAAGUCUGUGGAUGAGUUGGUUAAUAUUUACAUCAAUUGGUCAAAAAUGUACGUUGAUAAUGGACAGAUAGAAGAUGGAUUGAAAUUGUUGGAAGAUAUAUUAUUCAAGAAAGAGGACAUCUCUAAGUCAAUGAAAUUAUGGUCUUACUACUUCGAGGUAUUGGAAAUCAAUAUCGAUGAUAUCGACAGAAUAACAGCCAGUUACUAUAAGAUGAUCGAAUUAAAGUACGCCACUCCGUUGAUGAUUUUCCAGUUUGCUAAGUUUCUCCAAGAUGAAGGCAGAGUGAAGGAGUCCUAUAAGAUAUACGAAAUAGGGUUAAAGGAAUUCAACGAUUCUAGAAUCAGGUUUGAGAUAUACAAUAAUUACUUGGUUCAGUCAAUAAAGUUCAACGAGGAUAAAGAGAGAAUACGGGAUUUGUUUGACAAGUGCUUGAUUGAGCUUCCCAAUGAAUUGGUGAAGCCCAUUAUCGUGUUGUAUUCUGAAUUUGAGUAUGAUAAUGGCCUUAUAAUCAAGGCAUUCAACAUCGUGAACGACUUUAUCAUGUCAACAUCUCUUGAUCCUAUUGACUUGAUUUUGCUUCUAAGCAGCAAAUACCACAACAAUGUUGAUUUAAGACAGUGGUUCGAGAAGUGGCUAACUUUGAAGUUGACCAAAGAAUCUUUGAUGAAGCUCUUGAAAGAGUUUAUCAAAUUUGAAAUUGCCAACAAACAGUAUGAUAGAGUCAGAACUCUAUAUGAGUAUAGUCAUUCAAACAUUAAUUAUACCUUUAAGGACUGGGAAGACUUUGAAUUAGAAUACGGAAAUGAACUGACCUUCAAAAAGAUGUUACGGUUCAAGACCAAAUUGAAAGAAACUGCUGCUGAUCCUGUUGGGUUUGUCAUGGGUUCUUCGACUACUUCCAAGCCAUCCAAUCCUGACAUAAUUGACAUUGAUAUGUGAGUUUGUAUGUACAUACGUCUAUAUAUUCUUGAAAAUAACCUUCCAUUUGUCAUUAAAGUUGUUCAAAUUGAUCAGGUUGUUGGUAUUAAAGUUCAAUUUGAUAGACUUAUUGAGCUUGAUAAGUUCGUUAAAAUCAUUCCAGUUGAUGUGGUAGUACUUAAUAAUUAUUAUUAAGUAACUUUGAAUUAUUUUGGUAUGAUUGAAGAUCUUGGUUUUGGAGUUCACAUUAUAGAUGAUGAGCAACUGCAAAAACUUGUAUAUGAGUUCCAAAGAGCAUGAGUCAAUAUGACGAUUGGCACCUGCUGAAACAGGUGUUGAUGGUAAAGAAGCAGACAUACUCAAAGGUAACCUAUCAUUGAACUGAAUCAAGACUUCAAAAAACCGGUUAAAGUCCAAAUUGGUGAACUCCUUCAAAUUGAAAUUUUGCAAAUAAUUAUCAAUCUUCUUGGGUAAUUUACUAGACCAUCUUUCGAACGUCUUAUUGACUUCGACUUUUAAUUCUUUAGUGAAUAUUUGAUGAUUGAUUAACUCAAUCAACCGAAAUUGUUCUUGGGUGCUUCUGUCCUUGAAAAGAAGAACGAUGACAGGAAUCAAGAAUGUUUCGUCAUGCUUGUGCAAGUUAUUGUCGAUAGACUUGAGAAACAAAAUGGUUAGGAAGUUCUUUUUGAAAGCUUUACUAUCUGGACGGGUUAAAUUAGACGCAAGGCUCAAAUUAGAGCUGAACAACGGCCUUUCAGACACCGACUUGACAACUUUUUCGAAUUCAAUAUUACGGUUGCGUUUGAUUGAAUCAUUCAAACUUGAAUAGACAGAGUUUAAAUUAGUAAAGUUGUCAUCGACCUUCUUUGUUAAAUCAGGAUUAUUAUACGUCAACAACAGCACCAAAUAUUCAUAUCUCAAGGAUUCGGGACAGUUGGAAUCCCAGUUCAUUUUCCGGAUAAUAUUUUUUUCAUUUACAACUCUUCUGGCAAAGUUCUUAUCAUUGAUUAAGCUGCUCCAGUCACUCUCAUGGCUGGAUUCGAAAGUAAAGGAAGAUCUCUCAAAAUCCUUAAGCAUCUUUUGCAUCUCUUUAUUGUGUUUGGCCUUAUCGGUUUCAGGUUUAGGAGGCAAAUAAAUAGGUCUUGUUUGAUCGA